GAGAAAGAAAGAGUGAGAAGAGAAAGACAAAAACAAUUUUUCCCGCCUCUCAAUUCAACCGUGUGGCAUCACCCUUAUUCUCUCCCCCACCUCCAAUUAUGAACAUAAUAAUAUGACAAACUACUCUCCACAACCCAUUCCAACAGUUUGUUAUUCCAGAACUAAAAAGCAGUCAUGUAAAAAACAAAGAGGAAAAUAUUUAUGCCACACUCGCUUUUUUCUACAUUAAUCAUGGAAAAUUAAUAAAUUUCAAAAAACAAUCAUUCAUCAAAUAUCAAUCAAAACAAAACAAAAAAUUUCAUCCGCAAUCAACUUAAAAUGAUAACAAGUGUCUUAGAAAAAAAAUCAAAGAAGGAAAAAUUAUAUAUGAAGUGAAUAUUUUCUCUAUUGGAAAUAAUAAAUGUAACACACACGAUUUAGAAUGGAAAAUGAUUCUUCCGCUUUUACAUGUUACCGCACAUUUGAUGUGAAAAUGAAUUUUGAUAAUAAUUAUCGAAUAAAGAAUGAAAUAUUUUGAACAUAAAAUUAUAUCGUACUGCCGAGAAUUGAUCAGAUCUUGUUGUUCAUGCUUUUGAAAUUAUCUGAAUUGCGACUCCAAGAUUCGCAUUAUUUUCAAAAGACAAUGUUCGAACUGAGAAUUGCAGUUGGAUUAGAAAAAAUGACAGUCCCAGGACGUGAAAGUUGAAAUGGAGAGAAAAUAUAAUUUGAUCCUCUGUAUGGCUUUUUUGAAUAAGAAAUUCAACAUUCCCCAUUAAGAUCAAAAAUCAAUCAACACUUUCGUCUUUCAAUUAUGCGACAAUAAUUCGCCUAUAAAACCAAAAUCAAAACAUUUUCCAAAAAUGGAUAGUCUAAAUAAUUACUACAACGACACAUCCGACAUAGAUCUUCUCCUAAAAGUCCUCGAUCGCAUGAAAGACACAGACGCCUACGGAAACACUCCCCUUCACACCGCAAUCAAAGAAAAUCAACCAAACGAAUUUCACCAUCUCCUGAAGAAAAUAGAUCUAAAUUCCACAAAUCACUUAGGCGACACUCCACUUCACUGUGCCGUCGCCAACGAUCGUUACGAAUUCACAAAAAUCCUCCUCGAACACGGUGCUAAUGUCAACAUUCGCAACAAUAAAGAACGAACCCCUCUCUACUUAGCCCUAGAAAAAAAUAACAUUCACCUCGCGGAGCUUCUAUUCAAAAACGAAGCGGUCCUUGGCGAACACGAUUUUCAAUCCCUAAAUACCUUUAAUGACGCGAUUAGCACCAGGAACCUAGAGAUGAUCAAAUUCCUGAUGAAGAACGGUUGGAAUAUCGUCGACAAUCGGUACGGUCAUCAUUACCCAAUUUGCUUGGCGGUACAGACGAAAAAUUUGGAAAUCGUCAAAUACCUCUUGGAAAAUGGGUUGAAAAGUAGCGGAACAAUCAACGAAGAUCGAUUGGGUUUAUUGGACAUCUGCAUCGCUUUGGACAGCAUAGAAAUCUUUAAGUACUUGAUCGACAUCGGCGUGAAGACGAAACGAAACCUUCUGGAUCACUCUUUACGGAAUUUGCGACAACGCUCCUGGAAGUACAUCCUCACUUGUCACUCGAAAGUGGACCUGAACACCUAUUUCAACGAAAGUGAACUCCACUUGGCGGUUCGAGCCGGGGAUAUUGACUUCGUAAAAGUAUUUGUAAAUAAAAGGACGUUGGGUCCUAAAUCGUUGGCUAGUCGCUUGGCGGUUUACAUUGCGGUUGAGAAUAACGACGAAGAGAUUUUGAAGGUUCUCCUAAAGGCUGGCUACUCGAGUGAGAGUUGUUUUAAAGACACUAGUCCGUUACAUCUAGCGGCGACUUUCGAGCACACGAGGCUUGUGGAUCUGCUUCUGAAUUUCGGCGCUGAUGUUAAUUCGCAAACGGAGCAUCGUUAUAGUCCGUUGCAUUUUGCGGCCGCUUCGGGGAGGGCGAAAAUAGUGCGGCAUCUUUUGGAGCGAGGGGCUAAUCCGACUAUGGAUUGUGAGAAUCAUGGUUCGCCGCUUUCGUUCGCUUUGAGGAUGUUCUCGUGUAGGGUCGAUCGAUCGCCGGUGACGUUACAGUUGUUUAAGGAUUUGGUGCUGAUUACUGAGUUGUUGAUAAAGUUGACUAGGAAGAAUGUUUGUAGGUUGUUGAGUCAGGCGUCGAGUAUUUGGGUCUGUAAGGAGCCGACGAAAACUAAUGGGUUUAUUCUGUUGUCGAAGGAAACGAACUGUUCGUCGUCUCAAAGCAACUGUUCGUUGUUUCAAAGCAACUGUUCGUCGUCUCAAAGCAACUGUUCGUCGUUUCAAAGCAACUGUUCGUCGUCUCAAAGCAACUGUUCGUCGUCUCAAAGCAACUGUUCGUCGUUUCAAAGCAACUGUUCGUCGUUUCAAAGCAACUGUUCGUCGUCUCAAAGCAACUUUUCAUCGUCUCAAAGUAGUUGCUUUGAAACGACGAACAGUUGCUUUGAGACGACGAACAGUUACUUUGAAACGACAAACAGUUACUUUGAGACGAAGAACAAUUGCUUUGAGACGACGAACAGUUGUUUUGAAACGGCGAACUACUUCGAAACGACAAACAGUAGUUGCUUUGAAAGUAGGAACAAUAAUACGACUAUUAACAAUUAUACAACUACUAUCAACAAUACAGGUACCAACAGCAGUGCAACUACCAACAAUUAUACAAAUACCAACAAUAAUACAACUACGAACAAUAAUACAACUAUCAACAGCAGUAGAACCACCAACAAUACAACCAGUAAUACAACUACCAACAAUGCAACCAUCAAUAGUACAACUACCAUCAAUAACACAACUACCAACAACAAUACAAGCCCCAACAGUAAUUCAAGUACCAACAAUAAUACAACAAACAAUUCAAGCACCAACAACAAUACAACCACCAAAAACACUUCCUCGUACCCUCGACCCCACUUUCCCGAAUCGUACCCCCGAAGAAUCAUCGAAUUCCACCCCGAGCUGCUAACUACCAUCUUCAAUCACCUAACCGACUACGAAAUACAAUGCUACUCCCAAUUUUUGCUCCAAAAAGCCCACACUUUGGACACUCCGCUACAACUCCUGAACUUCUUGACCGAAUACAACGAUUCAAAGUCCCGCUACAGCAUCACAAUCAACAACAACAGUUCCCUGGAGUACAAUGCAAAGCUCCUUCUCAUCGACUACUCGAAGAACGUCGAGGACCUUCUAACACUCGACGAAAGGGCGCUGUUUGUAAAAUCGAACCGCACUAUUCUGAAACAAAUAAUCGCAAGACUUGUUUUGCUGACGCAUUCUCGUCACACUGGAGUGUUGAAAUUUUGCACAAAGCACAAACUUCUGGACUGGCGGAAUGAAUGCGAGGGGCAGAAAUUCAGCAUGAGGAGUAAGCAGAUUGAUGUGAACUAUCCGGUGACUUUUAGUGAUAUUAUCACGAAACCGGUGGGGAAAAUUGUCAGGUACACGAGGAAUGAGAGAUUCCUACAGACAGUUGAGAUGUCCCGAGGGCAAUUUAGCAUUUAUGAUGAGUUUUUGAAGAUUAACAUUCAAAAGUGUAUUCGGCGACGGAAUUUUUUGAAGAGGUGCACGAACCUUGUGUUUGGGAUGGUGAAGAGAAAUUAUCAGAUUCAAUUAUCGAAUUCGGAGAUUGAAUUUAUAUUUCAGUAUCUGUCUGUUGUUGAUUUGCAAAGACUUUCGGCGGCUUGCACUUGAAAGGAAUGUUAUUUUAUCUGUAUUUUUGGGAAAAUUUGUUAUUUUCUUCGUUUGUUAUUAGUACAUGGAUAAAGAGAGCGAGUAUUGUAAUUUUUACUAGACUUUUAACAGUUAAAUCUGGAAUUUUUUUUUUUUAGUCACAAGUAAAAUUUGGAAUUAUUUUAUAAUUUAUAUUCUUUCUCCGAAAGAAGUAUGAGUUGCGAAAAAUUGAGUAUUUACUCUGGAAGAAGUAAAAUUUACUUUGCAAUAAGUAAAAUUUGCUCAAAUUUACUCCGGAAAAAGUAAAAUUUACCAAAAAAAAAAUUAGUAUUUAGUCCGGAAAAAGUAAAAUUUUCUCAAAUUUAGUAUUUACUACGGAAAAAGUAAAAGUUAGGAAAAAUUAGUAUUUAUUCCGGAAAAAAGUAAAAUUUGGUUUAAUUUACUCCGGAAAAUGUAAAAGUGGCAAAAAAAAAUUCAUUUCUACGCUGGAAAAAGUAAAAUUUGUCAGAAUUUACUACGAAAAAAUUAAAAACUAAUAAAAUUUCGUCUAGAAAAAAGUAAAAAUUUGGCAAAAUUUACUCUUUAAAGGAGUAAAAAUAUUGUUAAAUUUUAGCAUUUACUCCGCAAAAAGUAAAACUUUGCUAAAAAUUUGGUAUUUAGUCUGGAAAAAGUAAAAUUUGCUAAAAUAUACUCUGAAAGGACUAAAAAUUGACAAAAAAUUUAGUAUUACCUCCAGAAAAAAGUAAAACUUGGUAAAAUUUACUCCCGAAGAAGUAAAAUUUAUAGUAAAAUUUUCUCAAAUUUAGUAUUUUCUCUGGAAGCAGUAAAAUUGUCAAAAAAAUUAGUAUUUACUUCGAAAAAAGUAAAAUUUAUUAAAAUUUAUUCCGGAAGGACUAAAAGUUGUAAAAAGUUUAGCAUUUCUUUCAAAAAAAAGUAAAAUUUACUCCGAAAUAAAUUAAAUUUGUAAAAAAAAAUUUUAAUUUACUCUCAAAAAAGUAAAUCUGUCAAAGUUUAGUCCGAAAAAAGUAAAAUUUGGUAAAAUUUACUCUGGAAUGAGUAAAAGUUGCAAAAAAUUUAACAUUUACUCCGGAAGAAGUAAAAUUUGAUAACACUUUUUCAAAUUUAGAAUUUACUCCGGAAAAAGUAAAAAUUAGUGAAUUUAAUUCGGAAGAAGUAAAAUUUGGUAAAAUUUACUCUGGAAUGAGUAAAAGUUGCAAAAAAUUUUGC